ACUACGAAAUCUCACAUUUUUCCUGGAUUCACUGAAGAGAAGCCAUUUUUCAGCCCAACGAGUCGUAUUUACAAACAGCACCAUUGAUGACGUCAUGUGGAAUUCUUGCAGAGUGAAGUUGGCAGUGAACGUGCCGUCAAUUCGCGGCAAAAGUGGGGUUAACGUGCAUCGCUCUGAAAAAUUCCAUUUCCCGGGAUUUUCCACAGUCCUGGGCAGAUUUUUCAUCUCUUCUGCCUCCAGAUCACAGCCUCCACGCUCUGAAGAGUUGCCAAGUGUAUUCAGUAAAGUGUUUCAUGUGCAAUAGUGACUGGACUGUGAAACUGGAGAUGAUGAAAAAAUCCCAUUAUUUGUGAAUUUCCCAGGAAAAUACCCACCCUAUCCCCAUAUACCCACUCCUUAAGUAUCCACACACUAAAGAGGCUACACAAAACCUGAAGUCAUGGACGAGGUCGUGUUCAGAAUGGAGCAAAAUCUGGAGUCACUCCAGAGCUUUUAGGCCACACUAAUCAGAGUUUCUUCCCGCCUUUGAGAAGGUGCGCCUCGGGAUGGCGGCUGAGAGUGGGAUGCGGAUAGUCCGCCAGGCAUCAGAUGAGAGCAGGAAUAUGGCGCUGAGGGCCCUCAGAGAUCCUUCCUUCGAUGGCGUUCGCAGCUCGUGGCAGAACUUCUGGAAUAGCUGUCUGGAUUUCCUAGAGCGGGUCAGACACUCGGCAGUGGAGCUGGCAGAUCCGCAGAUACUCUACGAGCAGCUGCAGCUGUACUUCAGGGACGAGAUCUCGAGGAACAACGCCUUCUUCGUGUGCGUGGGACUCGGCUUGGGCACUGCUGGCGGCUUCUUUCUGGGCCUCUGGCUGGCGCGACCCACCUUGGCCAGGCCAGUGAUGAAAGCCAUCAUGUGCACCUCCUUCAGAUCGCCGGAGAGCGUCUCUCUGUCUAGAACGCCUGUGCCGCAGAUGUUCUUUGGAACGGACAUUCUCGUGCGCAUUCGGGCGGCUUCUUUCCACCGCCUGGACGAGCAGAUCACGCGCGGCUACGGCCACACGCUACGCCAGAUGAUCACACACGCCCCAGAGACGCCGCUGGUGCUCGGCAGAGCGGCGGCUGGUGUCGUCGAGGCCGUGGGCAGAGACUGUCGGAGCGGCCUGGAGAUCGGCGACGAAGUGUGGCUCGUGGCGCCCUGGCAUGCGCCCGGAGUGGCGUGCGAGGCUGCCGUGGUGCCGGAGAGUCGCGUGGGCCGGAAGCCCUUCAUCACGGGCUUCGAGGGCGCCGCCAGUCUACCAUACAGCGGCUGUGUGGCGCUGGGGGCGCUCAAGCAGGCGGAUUUGGGCGAGCACAACUGCUCAGGCAAGCGGAUCCUCGUGCAGGACGGCUGCUCGCCCGUCGGCUGCGUCCUCACGCAGCUCACGAAAAAGUGGGGCGCCACCGUAACGGCCACGUGCUACGUGAGAUCAGUUCCUGUGAUCCGAGCUCUGGGAGCCGACGAUGUGAUCACUCUGCGCGGCGAGAGUCCCUCAGACGGACUGUUUCUCUCCACCGACUCGAGUCUCCUAGAGAAAUUCAACCUCAGCAAUGUCCUGGCUACGCGCGAGGACACCUUCGACGUCAUCUUCUUCACCAAUCACGUGAGCUACGACAGAUCCUUCCUGUACAAACACCUGCGUACCGGCGGCAGGAUCAUCGACACGUGCGAAGCGCCGCUCUGGUCCGACAAUCUCGGUUUCCUGGGGCGCUUCUUCCUCUCCUGGCUCGUGUCGCUGCGCCGCCUCGCCGGCUGGGCCAUCAGGAGCCCCCCGGACUGGGGCGGCCCGCAUUUGUGCCACCACGCGCUGGACAGACUCGCCGGCUAUGUGAACGACGGCCUCCUGCAGACCGUCGUGGACCAAGUGUUCACGCCCGAGGACGCUCAGCGCGCCAUCGAGCACAUCUGCAGCGAGAAGGCCAUCGGGAGCACCAUUGUGACCUUCCGCGAUGGCAAAUAGUAAAACAAUUGCAGUUAAAUGUACAGAAGAAACUGUGGCUU